UGGGGGUGCUGGGAGUACUUGGAGCAGCGGGGGCACUGGGGGUGCUGGGGCCACGGCUGGGAGUAGGGGCGCUGGAGGUGCUGGGGAGACUGGGAGCAGUGCCGGUGCUGGUGGCGUUGCUGUGACUGGAGGCACUGCGGGUACCUGGAGCGCUCGGGAUUCGGGGUGUUCUGGGGGCGCCGCUGGGACUGGAGGCGCUGGGACACUGGAAGAAGUGGGCGUUCCUGGAGCACUGGGGGCGCUGGGAGCACUGGGGGCGCUGGGGGUGCUGGGGGUGCUGGGGGCGCUGCUGGCGCUGCUGCCGCCCCCCGCCCCGGCCGAGACCUUCUCUGCCAUGCUGAGCGUGCGGGGAGCGCUGGGCGCCGAGCGCCGCCUGCUCCGCCGGCUCCGCUCCUACCUGCGCGACGAGAGCUCCCGCCUGCGCCUCCUCCGCAGGUUCUAUGAGAAGGUCCAGGCACUGCACCAGGACCCCGAGGCCUCGGUGGACAACCCCUUGCUGGCCUUCAGCCUCAUCAAGCGCCUCCACUCAGACUGGCCCAACAUCAUCUACAGCGACGAGGCCACCAGGAACACUCAGGCACUCCAUGCUGGCCUGAGGGAGGUGGAGCAGGAGCUGCCCGGAGCCGAGGACCUGGACGGGGCAGCCCGGGCGCUGAUGCGGCUGCAGGACGUGUACGCCCUGAGCGUCAAGGGCUUGGCCAGCGGCGUCUUCCAGAGAGCCGGGCAGCCGCCCCUGUACAGCCCCGGCCGGCGCGCCUCCCUAUCUGCCGACGACUGCUUCCACGUGGGAAAGGUGGCCUAUGACACGGGUGACUAUUACCACUCCAUCGCGUGGCUGGAGGAGGCUGUCAGCCUCUUCCGCCUCUCCUACGGCAGCUGGAACCUGGAGGACCGGAGCAGCCUGGAGGAUGCUCUGGACCAUCUGGCCUUCUCCUACUUCAUGGCUGGAAACAUCUCUCACGCCUUGAGCCUCUCCAGGGAGUUUCUCCGCUACGCAGAUCCCAGAAACCAAAGGGUGUCGAGGAACGUGGCCAAGUACAAGAAGCUGCUGGAGAUGGGGACAGGGGCAAGUGCCAGGCCCCUGCAACGCCCCAACAGCACCCGCCUGCAGAGCCGUGAUGCCUAUGAGGAGUUGUGCCAGCGUCCCCGGGGGCAGCCAGCCCCAGAGCAGCUCCUGCAGCUCAGCUGCUCCUACGAGACCAACGGCAGCCCUCUGCUCCUCCUGCAGCCUGCCAAGAAGGAGAUGGUCUGGGUCCAACCCCACGUGGCUCUGUACCACGAUUUCAUCACCGAUGCUGAGGCUGAGACUAUCAAGGGGUUGGCAGGGCCCUGGCUGCAGAGAUCCGUGGUUGCCUCUGGGGAGAAGCAGCAGAAAGCCGAGUACAGGAUAAGCAAGAGCGCCUGGCUGAAGGACACGGCCGACCCCGUGGUGCGGGCGCUGGAUCGGCGCAUGGCCGCCCUCACCGGCCUGGACCUGCGGCCGCCCUACGCCGAGUACCUGCAGGUGGUCAACUACGGCUUGGGAGGCCACUACGAGCCACACUUCGACCACGCCACGUCCACCAAGAGCCCGCUGUACAGAAUGAAGUCGGGCAACAGGAUCGCCACCGUCAUGAUCUACCUGAGUGCAGUGGAGGCUGGAGGCUCCACUGCUUUCAUCUAUGCCAACUUCAGCGUGCCCGUGGUCAAGAAUGCAGCUCUUUUCUGGUGGAACCUGCGGAGGAAUGGGAAUGGUGACGGGGACACCCUCCACGCUGGCUGCCCCGUCCUGGCCGGGGACAAGUGGGUGGCCAAUAAGUGGAUCCACGAGCACGGGCAGGAGUUUCGGCGGCCGUGCAGCGCUGACCCAGAGGACUGAGCUGCGUGGGACACAGAUGUGGCAUCUGCAGGUGGCAAAGCCACCCUGGCACAGCAUCUCCCCAAGAACAGA